GUUUUCGUACCUCACAGUGUUUACCGUACGGUUGUAUUUUAGUGGCUGAGGGCGUGAGGGCGCGAGGGCGCGAGGCGCGCUUCUCGAUCCAGAUCUUUGCUCGCAGCGCCUACAAUGCGGAUUGUGGACAAGAUCAAGGAUGCGCAGCGGGAGAAUCGGACGAUCUUCUCCUUCGAGUACUUCCCGCCCAAGACCGAUGAGGGCGUCGAGAAUCUGUUCGAGCGGAUGGACCGGAUGGUGAUGCACCAGCCUGCAUUCUGCGACAUUACAUGGGGCGCCGGUGGCUCCACCUCGGAUUUAACUCUGGAGAUCGUCAACAAGAUGCAAAACAUGAUCUGUGUGGAAUCCAUGAUGCACUUGACUUGCACAAACAUGCCAGUGAGUAAACUUGACUUUGCUCUUGGGAAUGUGAAAGCCAAUGGCGUCCAAAACAUUCUGGCUCUGCGUGGAGAUCCUCCGCAUGGCCAGGACAAGUUCGUUCAAGUGGAGGAUGGAUUCUCUUGCGCUCUUGAUCUGGUGAAACACAUACGCAAAAAAUAUGGUGGCUAUUUUGGCAUCACUGUUGCUGGAUAUCCUGAGGCUCAUCCCGACGUGAUUUCUGGUGAUGCUGCAACUCAAGAAGCAUACGAGAAGGAUCUCGCUUACCUCAAGGAAAAGGUGGAUGCUGGAGGUGAUUUUAUAAUCACGCAGCUCUUUUAUGACACAGACUUGUUUCUUCGGUUCGUUAACGACUGUCGUGAGAUUGGAAUCACUUGUCCUAUCGUCCCGGGGAUAAUGCCGAUCAACAAUUAUAAGGGGUUUCUUAGAAUGACUGGGUUCUGCAAGACAAAAAUUCCUGCAGACAUCACCGCCGCUUUGGAGCCGAUCAAAGAUAACGACGAAGCAGUGAGAUCUUUCGGCGUCCAUCUUGGGACAGAGAUGUGCAAAAAGAUUUUGGCUUCGGGGAUCAAUGCAGUACAUUUGUACACGCUGAAUAUGGAGAAGUCUGCCAUUGCAAUUCUUCAAAACCUCGGACUGAUCGACAUAAGCCAAGUAAGACGAUCACUUCCCUGGAGGCCUCCAACAAAUGUAAGGCGAACAAGGGAAGAUGUCCGACCAAUUUUUUGGGCCAAUCGUCCCAAGAGCUACAUUUCACGAACAACUGCUUGGGACCAGUAUCCAAGUGGUCGAUGGGGCGACUCUCGCAGCCCUGCUUACGGUGCAUUGACAGACUAUCAGUUUUUGAGACGACGCUCCCGGAACAAGAAGAUUCAAGAGGAGUGGGUUGUUCCUCUGAGUUCCGUCGAAGAUAUUGCAGAGAAAUUUGCCAACUAUUGUGCUGGAAAACUAAAGAGCUUUCCCUGGUCCGAGCUGGAAGGUCUCCAGUUAGAGACCAAGAAAAUCAACAGCGAGCUCGUAAAGAUUAACAAAGACGGCUUUUUGACAAUCAACAGCCAGCCUGCUGUCAAUGGCGAAAAAUCGGACUCUCCUGCUGUUGGUUGGGGAGGCCCUGGAGGAUACGUCUAUCAGAAGGCCUACGUCGAAUUCUUUUGCUCUCCAGAGAAGCUGGAGAAGCUCAUUCGAAAAGCCGAAGAGUUUCCUUCGCUCACCUACAUCGCAGUGAAUUCCGUGGGAGAAACAAAGUCGAACGUCGGGCCGGGAGACGUGAAUGCAGUCACUUGGGGAGUCUUUCCUGCCAAGGAAGUGAUCCAGCCGACGGUGGUGGAUCCGAUAAGCUUCAUGUCUUGGAAGGACGAAGCCUUCCAAGGCUGGGAAGACGAAUGGGCCUCGUUGUACAAAGCCAAAGACGAUCCAGCAAAGAAAAUCCUUCUCGAGAUCAAGGAGAGCUACUAUCUAGUAAGCUUGGUGGACAACGAUUACAUUGGUGGUGAUCUAUUCGCGUUCUUCAGUGGCAUCUAAAAGUUUUUGCUACUACAGCGAUAAUUCUUUGACAGAAAAAUCAUAAGCUUGUGUGAGCUCUUUGACCGUUGAUGCAAACCAGAUAAGAUGCCAUCCUGGCCAUUGGAUCAUU